AUGGGGAACCGCGGUGGGGUCCCGCCGCCAGCUGGGCCGCGACGGGGAGCCAGGGGGGCAGAGCUGCUGCAGGCCUGGCUCCUGUGCCUGCUGCUGCUGAGCCUGGCCCUGCGGGGGGCUGCCAGCCGAGCCCACCAGCACUCGAUGGAGAUCCGCACCCCGGACAUUGACCCUGCCUGGUACACCGGCCGCAGAAUCAGGCCUGUGGGCCGCUUCGGCCGAAGGACCGUGGCCCUGAGGACCGUCCCGAGGCUGAGCCCGUGGCACCAGUGGGCAGCUUCCCCCUGGAAGGAGGCGCGGAGCCCCCCCAGGGUGGCUGUCAGCCGGGUACAGGAGGAGUGA